AUGUCCAAUAAAGUUUCAUGGGAAGAUCUUCAAGACAAAAUAAAGAGAGUGAAGGCUAUGGAGCCUAAACUAGAACUAAGGCUUUUGAAUAAUAAUAAGGUUGAUCGGGAAUCAAGGCAAGAACUCAAUUUGCUGGAUUCCCUUGACAAUAAACCUUUGAAUGCCUUGGAAUCAAAUAAAAAAGAGCAUAGAGAAAAGGCGCAGAAGCGAGAUUUCUGUUGCAAAUACUGCAACAAGAAAUUCUCAAACUCGAAGGCAUUGAGAGGGCACCAAACUGCCCAUAAACGUGAACGAGCACUUUCCAAGAAAGAGAAGGGAAUGAUGGAUUUAUAUCAUCCAUAUCCACAUUCAGCCAUGGCAACAGUUCCAAAUCUCGGAACUUUGAACAAUCCAUGGCAAGAGUUCCAGGCAAUGAUUAAUAAUAAACCAUACAAUUAUUUACCAGGAUAUGCGUAUGGAGAAGGGAGGUAUGAUAAGCCAAAUUUCAUGAGCUCUCAAAUUUCUAUGCCCUAA